AUGUCCUCCACUGGUCUGGAGAUUCUGGGCAUGAUCCUGGCCGUGGCUGGGUGGCUGGGGGUGAUGGUGGCCUGUGGUAUGCCCAUGUGGAGAGUGGCUGCAUACAUUGGACAGAACAUCGUAAUCUCUCAGGUGAUUUGGGAGGGCCUCUGGAUGAACUGCUCAGUGCAGAGCACGGGGCAGAUGCACUGCAGGGUGCAUGAUUCCAUGCUGGGGCUGCCUGUGGACCUACAGGCUUCCCGGGCCCUGGUCAUCAUCUCCAUGGUGCUGUGCAUUAUUGGCAUUGGUCUGUCAGUAGCAGGGGCGAAGUGCACAAACUGCAGUCAGGAUGUGCAUGGUAAACCUCGGUUUAUGGUAGCUGCGGGAGUCACCUUUAUUGUGGCAGGACUGUUGAUGCUGGUGGCUGUGUCCUGGACGGCACAUGCUAUCGUCAUGGGCUUCUACGACCCCAUGCUGGAGGAGACUGGGAAGAGGGAGUUUGGGAACGCUCUGUACUUCGGCUGGGCUGCCUCCUGCUUGCUCAUCCUCGGUGGAGCACUGCUCUGCUGCUCCUGUCCUCCCAGGGCAGCCCGGGCACAGAGUGGCUCUGUGCCACCUCGAGUGGACUACUCUGCUCUUAAGACUGUGACAGUCAACGGGUACACAAAAAGAGACUAUGUGUGA